AUGCAAGACCCGGCGCCCGCGAAGCGGCCGCGGCGGGGCGCGGCCGGCCAGGCGACCCAGGGCCCGGGCGUCGCCGGCGACGCGCUCAAGGCCGGCUGCCCCUGCCGCGAGGGCGUGCGGCAGAAGGACGCGUUUCCCGUCGACGCGUCCUGGUUCCGGCCGAACGACGCCCACGCGCAGGCCGGGCGCCUCUUCGACGAGGCGCUGCAGGCCUACGAGGAGGCCGUCGCGGCGGGCCGCGACGACGACGCCAAGGCCGCGCUCCUCAAGCUCGAGGGCGACAAGGAAGCGACGCCGGAGCUCGCGGCCCUCCGAAAGGCGCUUUGCGCGGCUUGCCGCGCGCUCUACGCCCAGCGCACGGCAAACGCGCGCGCCGCGGGUGACGCGGUCGUCCUCGCGCUCAAGGUCACCAAGUACCUCGGCAAGGACUGCGCGUCGGACUACCCGUGCGGCGUCAACUUCGCCACGCGCGACCUCGUCGCCGCGAUCUGCUCCUUCCAGCACACGGAGGACUCCGAGCCCAAGCCCCCGGGCGCCCACGGCCCCGGCAGCGACACGGCCUACCCGGACAUCGGCCACCGCGUCCGCGACGCGUCCAAGUGCGACGGCUGGUGCCUGACGUGCAACGUCAUGGACGGCAUCAAGGAGGCGCGGGCGCAGUCGCUCCGCGACCGGCCGCUCGAGGAGCGGAGCCCGCAGGGCCAGCUCCAGUACCGGCGCAAGCACGAGAACUACGCCUACGUCUUCAAGACCUACAAGCAGGGCCUCAAGUGCCACUACUGCCCGCUCGUCUGCGACGAGGAGAACCAGACGGGCUUCUGCAUGUGCCACACGCGCGACGGCGCCAAGCACAAGUUCAAGGAGGAGGGCGAGAAGGGCAUGAACGGCGUCUGCAUCGUCGGCCGGAACUGGGACUUCGAGGAGUUCAAGGCGUGCGCCGACAAGGAGAAGACGCUCUGCCACGACUACAUCGCGUGCCACAACUGCCACAAGCGGUCGUCCGCGCCCGCGAGCUCCUGGGGCUGCUGCCCCGCGUCCGCGAUGCACGCCUGCGACCGCGAUGAGCUGCUGGAGCAAGCGCGGCAGGAGCUCGACGACGUGCAGGCGCCGCUCCUGGCCCAGAUGGCGCGGGCCUCCGGGCCCGAGUUCCCCUGGCUGUUAGCGGCGUCGGGCCGCGACGACGACGCCGUGCGCCACGCGGAGCAGUGCUGCGCGCGGGCGGGCCUGCUGCGGGCGCCGGCGGACCGCCUCGGCGCGGCGCUCGGCGCCGCGUGGCUCGUGAGCGCGCGCCUGCGGCGCGGCGAGGUCGCCGAGUGCCUGCCCGCGCUGCUCGCGGCGAUGCGGGGGUUGCAGGCCGCGCUCGGCCCGCAGCACGCCUUCGUCGGCGCGCUCAUGGCCGAGGGCGCGGCGGCCAAGUUCGACGCGAGCGCCGUCGGCGAGCGCGACGCGACGACGCGGCCGCUGCUGAAUGUGGCGCGCAACGUGUGGGACGCGCGGCAGGGAAACCGGCCGCGCGCGACCGACGACGGCGCGGGCGCGGCCUGGUGGCCCUUCCGGACGCCGCCGCCGGGGCGGGGCGUCGACGCCGACGACCGCGUGCUCGGCGAGGGCGGCGACGGGCGCCCGGGGCCCCUCGCGGCGGCCGCGCUCGCUUUGGGCUGCGGCCGGUUCCGCGAGAGCCUCGCCGAGGCCGGCGCGGCCGUCGAGGCCGGCGAGGGCGGCGCCGGCGACGCCUGGGCCGCCGUCGGCCGCGCGCUCGCGGCCAUGGCGCGCUACCACGAGGCCGAGGAGGCCUUCGCGAACGCGGCGGUCGCGCGGCGGUCCGGGUCCGGCGACGACCAGGGCAGGACAAGAGUGAUUCAACGCGACGACGAGCCGGAGCGCGCGGACGGCGCGGCGCGCGUGCGGUCCGGCUCCGGCGCCGCGCGCGGCGGCCUACCGCGGCCCUGGGCCCGGCCGCCGCGCCAGAUGCUCCGGGGCGUCGCCUGGCAGGCGCGCGCGGCCGCGGCGCUCGCCGCGCCGCGGCGCGCGUUCGAGCGGAUCGCGCGCGGCCGCGAGCUCCGGGCCGCCUACGACGCCGCCAUCGCGUCGACGUGCGCGGAGGAGCGCGUCGUCUACGUGGGCGUGGGCAGCGGCCUCGAGCUCGCCGCGUGCUGCGCGGCGGCGGCGCCGCCCGUCGUCGUCGCGACGCGCUUCGGCGCCGCGGCGGACCUCGUGGCCGCCUGCGUCGCCCGGCGCGUCGCGCGGCGAAGGUUGGGCGUCGCCGACGACGACGACGACGCCGGCGAGCCCUUCGACGUCCUCUCCGCGUCCGCGGAGGCCGCGGCGCGCGCGCCGGACGGCGCGGGCCGCGCGCCCGCGCGCGUCGCGGUGGUGGACCCGGAUUUUGUCGGCGGCGCCCUCGUGAACCGGCGCCUCGUCUUCGCGCUGCGGGCGCUGCGCCGGGCGGGGCUCGUCGACGAGGAUCACGUCACUAUUCCGCCGAAGCUGAGGCUGUGCGCGGCGCUCGUGCUUUUAAAGGGCAGCCGGCCCGUGGACUGCGGCGACGACGAGCCCAUCACGCUCGACGCCUUCGACGCGGCCGUGCGCGCGGGCUUCGACGACGGCGGGGGCGCGCGCCGGGCCGCGGAGCGCGACCUCGGGCCCGCUUUUGACGCGGGCGCGGUGGCCUUCGCGUCGGCGGCGACGGUCGUCUUCGAGCUCGACGACCUGGCGCUGGCCAGCGGCCGCGGCCGAGCGACGCUCGCCUUCGCGGGCGACUUCGACGCCGCGCGCGACUACGCCGUCGUCUGCUGGCCCGAGGCGGGCUUCGAGCGUUUUUUAGCGGAGCCGAACUUCGACGCCGGCGGCCCGUUCCCGCACGCGUGGCAGCUCCUGCCCCGGGGCGGCGACGUGACCACGAUCGAGGCGGCCUGGGACGGCGCCGCCGUGCGCUUCGCGCCCCGGCGCGCGCCGGCCGCGCCCGCGCGCGCGUCGCCGCCGCUCGUCGUUCCGGCGUGGCACGCGGCCAUGGUCCGCGACGGCCCGCGGAACGCGGCCUUCCGCGAGGCCAUCGCGCGGGUUGUGCCCGCGGCGGUGAUCCGCGCCCACGCCCAGCGGCGGCGCGCUCUCGUGGUGGACUACGGCGCGGGCACGGGGUUAUUGUCGCUCAUGGCGGCGAAGGCGGCGCGGUCCGCGACGCCGGACAUCGCCGCGCCGCGCAUCCUGGGCGUCGAGAAGGACGCGGACCUCGCGGCCGUCGCCGAGCGCGUGAUCCUGGACAACGGCGAGCGCGUCGAGGUGGUGGUCGGCGACGCGGGCGAGCUCGGCGCGGGGCUUCCUUUAGACGAGCGCGCGGACGCGCUGCUCGUCGAGAUGUUCGACUGCGGCGGCCUCGGCGAGCGCGUGCUCCACUUCGUGGGCCAGGCCUGGCGCCACGCGCUCCGGCCCGACGCCGAGGUCGUCCCGCGGAGGUGCGCGGUCCGCGCGUGCCUCGUCGCGCUCGCCGACGACGACGCCGCCGCGCCCUGGCUCCCCUACGGCCACGACCCGGGGAGCUGCGUCUACCGGCCGGAGACGGUCGUCGAGGGCGGCGCCUGGGUCGCGCUGACGGCGCCCGCGACGGUCGCGGCCUUCGACCUCGGGGACCGCGCGGCGUUCGUCGGCGACGACUCGCCGGAGCGCGGCGGCGCGGCGUCCGUGGCCUGGACGGCGACGAGGAGCGGCGUCGUCGCCGGCGUGCUCUCCUGGUUCGUCCUCGACUGCGACGACGAGUCGUCGCUGACGACGCUGCCGCCCGCGCUCGGGUUCCCCGCGGACGCCGCGCGGACGGCGGCGCACUGGCCCGCGGCGCUCCAGCCCCUGGACCGCCGGCGCCUCGCCGUCGGCGAGGCCGCGGCCCUCGCGGCGACGCACCGCGGCACGCGCGUCGCCUUCGCCUGGGCCCGGGACCCGCGGCCGGCGCCCGCGGACGACCUCUGGCGCGUGCUCAAGGCGCGGAACGCCGCGCGCGUCCGCGAGCUCCUCCACGCGGCGGGGACGCCGUCGCCGCGCAUGCUCCCGACGGCCGACGCCAUCUUCGCGUUGGCGCGCGACCCGGACCUCGAGCGCGUCGCCUUCGAGGACGCCGCGGCGCUCGCGAGCGCGCUCGUCCGCGCGGGCGCGGCCUGGCCCGUCUUCCCCAAGGGGGGGCUCGCGCCGGGCGCGGGGAACGACGCGAACCCGUGCGCGUGCUUCUAA